GGUUCAAACUUGGAUAUGCCGGAACCCAUUUGGCCUGGGAGCGACAAGGGUGUGCUACUAUAUGUAGGAUGCUUCCUGCAGAGUCAGGACAGCUAUCAACUGCCUAACACAGAAGGCAGGCUGCGUUUGGCAUCGGUCACGUCGCUGGCAUGCGAUCCGUGGAUGAUCAAGUUUAUGCAGAGGGUAGUACGACUUCAAGGGUCAUCCCUGACUCGCUAUCCAGAAGCAAAGGUGGAGGAGAUGGCGAAUUCAGUUGGUUUUCUAGCUUGUUGCAUUGUGCUUUUGAUGAGCAAUGCAGCUACGGGAGUAUUGGGGACGCGCAACCUCGACUUGAAGGGAUCGAAAGACCAGCUUUUGGAUAGAGAGGUGGUUCCAGCAUUGGUUGUAUUUGGGGAUUCUACAGUGGAUGCUGGCAACAACAAUUACAUUACCACCAUCGUCAAGGCUGACUUCGCACCUUACGGCAAGAAUUUUAUGGGGCAUGUACCUACCGGCCGCUUCACUGAUGGGCUGCUUGUGACGGAUUAUAUUUCUCUAAAGCUUGGGAUCCCACUUCAGCUCCCAUACUUGUCACCGGCAGCACACGGAGAAAGCAUUCUCACCGGCGUCAAUUUUGCUUCCUCAGCAUCCGGAUGGUUCGACAACACUGCUACACACUUUAAUGUGGUGGGAUUAACUAAACAGUUCGAGUGGUUCAAAAGUUGGAAGGCGGAGGUUCUCAGUCUCGCAGGGCCCAAGAGGGGUAACUUCAUCAUCAGUAACGCAUUGUACGCGUUCAGCACCGGCUCGAAUGAUUGGGUUAACAAUUACUACAUCAACCCUCCCCUCAUGAAGAAGUACACGCCUCAAGCAUAUACCACUCUCCUGCUCGGCUUCGUCGAACAGUAUACAAUGGAGCUCUACUCAUUGGGCGGUCGCAACAUCGCUAUUCUAAACUUGCCACCCCUAGGCUGCCUUCCAGCUCAAAUCACGCUCCACGGCCACGGAAACCAGACAUGUGUACAGAGUCUCAACGACGUUGCCCUAGGCUUCAACCAGCAGCUUCCCGGCGUAGUCGACGCGAUGAAUAAGAAGACCCCCGGAGCUCGGCUCAUCAUCCUCGACAUCUACAACCCAAUCUACAACGCCUGGCAAGACCCCCAGAAAUUCGGGUUCAAGUACGCCAGAGUCGGGUGUUGCGGUACCGGAGACCUGGAGGUGUCGGUGCUGUGCAACAGAGCGGUCCCCGCUUGCUCCAAUGCAGACGAGCACAUCUUCUUCGACAGCUUCCACCCCACGGGCCACUUCUACAGCCAAUUGGCCGACUACAUGUACAGUUACGCUAAGCCCAUUCUGCUGGCACCGCCCAAUCCCUAGAAGAAUGAAGAACCUCAUUGAUCGACAUACAUGCAUGGUUGCAAGGAGGGACCAUUCAUGAAAGAUUCUUUCAGUACCACUCUCGUGUGGCUGUCGGACAAUUCGAUUAGCAACCUCAGCUAUAGUUCCACGAUUCUCUGUUCGAAAUUCUAGAUAUCUAGAGAAGUAGACGUAAACCAUCUAUUUGUACUGCGUUGCACUCUGAAAUAACUAUUAUUUGCUGAAUCUCUACAUCAA